AUGGGAUCAUCAAUGGGCGAGCACAGUGCCUUCAAGUCUGCACCGGCCGCACAGGCUCAGAAUAAACCGGGAUUGGAGUGUGUAAUGACGGAGCUCAGCAGAUCAACAAAGCUAGAAGGCUUUGAGGGUUUCACUGAAUAUAUCGGUUCGGGGAAAUUGAAGGGCAGGGAGGCUCUUUUUACUGGUGGAGAGUAUGUGUCGUUCCGGUACGGUAUCGGGCGAUCGAUCGCUAUUUUGAUGGCCAGAGAGGGUGCUGAUAUCAGCAUCGUUUACUUGCCAUUGGAGCAAUCAGACGCAGAAGCGAUUAUCAACACUGCAGUAUCACUAACCCCCUACAGAAUCGUCAACAAUUCUUCUAUUCUGGCCUUGCGUGGCUCGGUGAAUAUAAUUGAUUAUUCUGCGACCAAGGGAGCCAUCAUAAGUUUUACCCGAUCUUUAGCAGCAUACUUGAUUCCGAAGAUCGACACCCCGAGCGCCCAACAGAUGGAAGAAUGGGGCUACAAGUUCGGUUUUGGGCGACCAGGUGAGCCAAGUGAGGUUGCAACAAGCUUCGUCUUCUUGGCUAGUGCUGAUCCUUCUUUGUACUGUGAGUGGUCAAUACUAAACGCCCCAAUUUCUUUUGCCUUGUGUCUAUUUUUUCUUAUAUGA